GAUAUCUUCAAUAUGUACCGGCAGCAGAAUUGAAAAACGCUGAAAAAAAACUGUAUCCAUUAUAUGGCCAAGAGCAACAAACACCACAAAUUUUUUUGCAAAAUAAUAAAGGUGGUGAAAGAUAUUAUACAACGUAUCCUACUGUUCAAUAUGGACAGUUGAUUGGGAAUCAGCAAUUUCGAAAUCCAAGCUAUAUACCCAACAAUAUGGGAUAUAUUGUUGUUCCAAAGGAGAAAGAUAUUAUUUAUUACGAAGGAAACUCCAAGGAAAAUAGCCCCAAUAAUGAUGGAGGAUUCGGAAUCGCUAAAAAUAGUACAUAUGUGGGGAAUGGCAUAAAUAAUGGAUUUAAUAAUCAACAAGUGAAUGGAGGACAAUUAGGAAUUAAUAAUCAGAUUGGAAACAGCGGAGAUGAUGUGCGUAAUAUUGCGCUUCCUACUUCUGUUGGAGGAGAGUUAGGAUUUAAUAUUCAGCACGGACACACAGGACAUGGUAUAAUUAAUGGACAGAGCAUUCAGAGCCAUACUGGAGCAGGACUCGGGAUUAAUUUACAACAAGGAAAUCAGUUAAAUGGGGUAGGUAAUGGACAAAACGUACCGAGCCUCAGUGGUAUAAGUAAUGGGCAGAAUGUCCAGAACCCUACUGGAACUGGAUUCGGGCUCAAUUUUCAACAAGGAAAUCAAUUAAACGGUGUAAUUAAUGGACAAAAUGUACCGAGCCCCAGUGGUGUAUUUAAUGGACAGAAUAACCAGAACCCUACUGGAAUUGGAUUCGGGCUCAAUUUUCAACAAGGAAAUCAAUUAAACGGUAUAAGUAAUGGACAAAAUGUACCGAUCCCCAGUGGUGUAAGUAAUGGACAGAAUAUCCAGAGUCCUACUGGAACUGUAUUCGGGCUCAAUAAUCAACAAGGAAAUCAGUUAAAUGGUAUUAAUAAUGGACAAAAUGUACCGAGCCUCAGUGGUGUAAGUAAUGGACAGAAUAUCCAGAGCCCUACUGGAACUGGAUUUGGUCUUAAUAAUCAACAAGGAAAUCAGUUAAAUGGUAUUAAUAAUGGACAGAAUGUACCGAGCCUCAGUGGUGUAAGUAAUGGACAAAAUAUCCAGAGCCCUACUGGAACUGGAUUUGGUCUUAAUAAUCAACAAGGAAAUCAGUUAAAUGGUAUUAAUAAUGGACAGAAUUUCCAAUACCCUAAUCAAGCUAAUGGACAAUCGGUAAAUGGAGUGACAGGACAGUUGGGCGGAUACUUUCCUGAUGGCAACUACCCACCUGGAGGUGCUGGAAGUAGUGGAGGUGGGAGUGGGGGUAGCAAUUGGAAUGGUGGUUCUGGGAGUAGUGGUGGUGGAAGUGGCGGUACUGGAGUAGGUGGAGGUAGCAAUUGGGGUACUGGUUCUGGAAGUGGUGGUUCUGGGAGUAGUGGUGGUGGAAGUGGCGGUACUGGAGUAGGUGGAGGUAGCAAUUGGGGUACUGGUUCUGGAAGUGGUGGUUCUGGAGGUGGUGGUGGUGGAAGUGGCGGUACUGGAAUUGGUGGUGGUAACAAUUGGGGUAGUGGUUCUGGAAAUGGUGGCACUGGAGGUGGUAGUGGUGGAAGUGGCGGUACUGGAAUCGGUGGUGGUAGCAAUUGGGGUAAUGGUUCUGGAAAUGGUGGUGCUGGAGGUGGUAGUGGUGGAAGUGGCGGUACUGGAAUCGGUGGUGGUAGCAAUUGGGGCAGUGGUUCUGGAAGUGGUGGUGAUGGAGGUGGUAGUAGUGGAAGUGGCGGUACUGGAAUCGGUGGGGGUAGCAAUUGGGGUAGUGGUUCUGGAAAUGGUGGCACUGGAGGUGGUAGUGGUGGAAGUGGCGGUACUGGAAUCGGUGGGGGUAGCAAUUGGGGUAAUGGUUCUGGAAGUGGUGGUACUGGAGGUGGUGGUGGCAGUACAGGAACUGGUGGAGUUGGCGGUGGUGGUGCUCCCAAUUGGCCCGCACCUUCCAACCCACCACAAGGUACUCCCAGCCCUACAACAAGUUCUCCGCCAGAAAGCAGCAGUUCAUCGCCAGGUUCUCCCAUCUCUCCAACCUUACCACCUCCCACGGGUGGAACAUCUACUCAAUCCACCGGGUCAUCUGACAAUGGUAGUGGUUCAAACAAUUCAGGUGGAUCUUCUGGUAGUGGAGGUUCCCAAACAGAAUCCUUGGCUAAGUACUGUAAGCGUCUUUACGGUCAAUUCCCUAUUACAACCGCUUGCAAUAAAUUUGUCAAUUGUUGGAAUGGUAUUGCUCAUGAACAAACUUGUCCUGCCGGACUUGUAUUUUCCCACAAAGGACCAUACUGUGAUUAUCCAACUAAUGUUAAUUGUGAUGGACGUGCUUAUUCACCACCUCCAUCUCCUGCAGGAUGUCAAGAUGGUUUUGGUAUGUAUGCAAAUCCAAAGAAUUGUAGUGAGUUCUUCAGAUGUAAUCACGGAGUUCCUGUGAAAUUCUCAUGUGCUAAUGGAACAUUGUUUAGUUCGGUUACGAAUACAUGUGAUUUUUCUCAUAAAGUAGUAUGUCCUUCAAGCCAGAAACCUCCAAAUACUUCUGGAGACACUGCGGGUUACUUUAGAGCAAAUAAUAAUCAAAUAACAAAUACCGGAGGAUCAUCAACGUCUAACGAAUAUUACAAAUUUUAUAAGAAUGUUCGGAGUUGUCAGCCAGGGAGUGUAUAUAAAAUGAAAUACGAUUGUACAAGUUUAAGUGUAUGUAGAAAUGGACAUGUUGAAGAUAUAAAUUGCCCUGAAGGAACAGCUUAUGAUAUUAAAGCAGCAGCAUGUAUACAAAAAGCGAUGGCAAAAUGUUUCCAAUGAAUGGUAUUAUCGAGAAAUUAUUAGAAUGAAUGAGCAACUAGAAAUAAUUAAUUUAGAUAUCUGGAUUUUCAUUAAAUGUUAAAAUCGAUAUCUAAGUUUUUGGGAUACAU